GGUUAUCGAUACAAAGCUGCGAAGCAGCAGCAGCAACGACGCGUCAGCUCCUUAUCAACAAACAGCACGCACACACAACACCAUACAGGCAACGCAAUCAGCAGGCAGCAGGGCAGGUCGACGCAACGACAUCGUUACCACAUACUCCUCCGCUUCUCCCCCCGCUGUGGGUGCACAAGCACAUGUAGCUGAGCUUGGCGGAGUCGGCGGACGAGCGAAUCGUACAUUAGUUUAGUUGUUCGGUCUGUGAUUGGAUUAUAAAUUCGGCCUCUUUGCUCCUCAGAUGAAGAAGUUCCUAUCGCAGAGAAUGCUUAGUCUGGAUCAUUCCACGUUCAAUGAUGACGAAGAGGAGGAUGGUGACAACACGUAUGGCCCGAGCGGCGGCGGGCACAGCAUGAUGACGCAGCACGAGCCAGAGAAUCAUCAGCAGAUCCUGCCACAGCUGCCGCCAGCUCCACAGCAGCAGGCUCUGGCACAGGCUCCAUCCAAGCCUCUGGCCCCGUUUGCUCUGUUCUUUCGCGACACUGUGACGGCCAUCAAGCAGCAGAAUCCCGCAUGCUCCCUCGAACAAAUAUCGGUCAUUGUCCAGACAAUGUGGGACUCUCUGGACGAGACGCAGAAGAACGUGUACAGCCAGAGGCACGAGCAGGAUAAGCGCGACUAUGUGCGGCACAUGCGGGACUAUCGCCAGCAGUUGUCGGAAACGGAAAUCAAUCCUCCGGAGGCUAACAACAGCAUCCCAGAUGCUUCUGUGCCAGCGAUUCAAACGACGGAUCUGAUCACGCCAAACAUCGAUUCGAGCGCCGAACAAACGCCAGCUUUGGCGGCCGCCACAGCCACAUCAACCGAAGCGCCGCCCGAGCAAAUCCAAUUGCUCACGGAGGCGGCCCAGGCGCCAAAAUGCACGCGAGAGCAGUGCAACAAGCCGGCGAUCAUCAAUCCAGACUGGGAGGAUGAGUACUGCAGCAACGAGUGCGUGGUCAUCCACUGCCGCAAUGUUUUCAACGAUUGGGCGCUCUCACUGAAGAACUCUCCCACCUAGGGGUCACCCCGACUGAAGCACCAAACUAAGAUUAGUCUUCGAGUUUAGUUCAAAUUUACCAAAAUGCAUUGCUUCCCUCCCAUAGGCGCCGGCAAUCAGCUGUUACAUGUCUAGAGCGUUGCCAGACUCGAGAAAAACCAAUUGCCGUGCGCCGUUAAAGGGGGAUUACCACAUACAAAAUUGUGAUGCAAUGUACGAUACGAAUACGAAUAUGAUUAUUACAUAUAUAAAUAUAUGAUUUAGUCAAAGGACUGGAGCUGUAUGCACCCCUAGAAUCUGAGUGUAAUGAGAGAUAUGGCAGGAUAUAUUGUAACUUUUAAUAAAUACACACAUUUAUUACUCUUGCACUUCAAUAUAUCAUUAUACCAAUGUAUCAAUGCGACGUUCCGUUACACAAUGCUUACAAAAAUCAUCCUUCGCUUCCCCUUUUGUAUGCAUAUUAUAUUAAGUAUAUCAAAUAAUUAAAAUGUAUAAAUUAUUAUUAUGAAUUCAAAUAACAUAUGUAUGUACGUAGGUGUAGGUAUGUAUAAAAGACGUUUCCUUGGGUUGCCUUGCCUUGAAGUAAUGCGCCAUUUAGUAUUUACGAGUACGAGUUUAAAUAAACAACAGUAUAAAAAAACAAGGGAACUCCAAACUUAAAUUAUUAUAGAGUAAAGUAGAGUGGGGACAUGGUUUCCUUUUAGUUAUCUCUCUUUUCUUUUAUAUGCUAUA